AUGCAGCUUUCUUCGUAUAAAGAGACUGCUGUUGGCGAAGCAGUGGACAAGGACAACAAUGCGCCGGCUGAGAACUUAGAAGGGCAGAUCCAGGUCCAUGAUGAUGUGGAAUAUGUCAAGGGGCACCCUGUGAUCCGCACUGGUGCCGAUAUCUCACGGUUCAUCGUUUCAGACCGCGACGAUGGCGAUCCAGCCCUGACCUUUCGCUCUAUCGUCCUGGGCACUGUCUUUACAGCCCUCUCGAGCGUUAUCACCAUCCUCUACGUCUUCAAGCCGUACCAAGUUCAGGUCUCAGCUGUGUUCUUGCAACUGCUUGUUUUCAUCUUCGGCAAGGCAUGGGCCAUCUUUACGCCCCGACCCGAGCGAGUCAAAUGGCGCUGGCUACAAAGCGUUCUGCGAUUCAUGAGCUUUGGACAGGAUUUUGGGAUCAAAGAGCACGUCGUUGCAGCCCUGAUCGCAUCGUCUGGCAACAACGGUCUCUCUGGUGUCGAAGUCCGCGCCGUCGAGAGACUGUUCUAUGGUCUACACAUCUCGGCGUCCACGGCUGUCCUGAGCACAUUCUCCAUCGCUCUCUGUGGCUUUGUCCUCGCAGGAGUCCUCCGUCCUCUCAUUGUCUAUCCGGCUGAGAUGGUCUACUGGUCGACUCUGCCGCAGGUGGUCCUUUACCAGAAUCUGCACUUCAAUCCACGCAACAACAAGCGCCGGCUGAUCAAGUUUGGUUGGGCUCUAGGGAUUGCGGCCGUCUGGGAGCUUUUCCCGGCGUACAUGAUGACAUGGCUUGGUGGGUUUUCAGUAGUCUGUCUUGCAUCCCUGCGAGCGCCGAUGCAUACAAGAAAAAUCAUAACGACGAUCUUUGGAGGUGCCUCUUCGAACGAGGGUAUGGGACUGCUGAACUUCUCGCUUGACUGGCAGUAUAUCCAGAGCACCUAUCUCUCGCUCCCAUUAAAGCAGCAGGUGAACUCAUGGAUCGGGUACGCGAUUUUUUAUGUGGUCAUGGCCGGAACAUACUAUGGCAACGCAUGGGAUGCAAAGAGCUUCCCGUUCAUGUCGACCUCGCUCUUUCACAGCAACGGGACCACAUUCUCCCCGGACUCCGUAAUAAACUCCCAGGGAACGAUCGACUACGUCAAGCUUGAGCAGGUCGGCCUCCCGAGUCUCACCUCGAGCACCGUUUGGGGAUACCUUACCCAGAACCUCGCCAUCGGCGCCCUGAUCUCACACGUCCUCAUUUUCUACUGGAAGGACAUGGAGACUGCAUGGAAACAAGCACGGAGCAGGACACAGCCCGACCCUCACUACCAGGGCAUGCUCAAGUACAAGGAGGUGCCCAUGUGGUGGUACUAUGCCUCCUUUGUGCUCGCCUUCUUUGCUGGCCUGAUCGUCACAAUAAAAGGAGAGACCACGCUCCCAGCCUGGGGGUACAUCAUAUCCCUCAUUCUCGGGUCUUUUAUUGCCCCUUUCUCCUGCGUGCUAUACGGUCUGUACGGCACUGGUGUCUCGACUAAUCAGCUCUCAAAAAUGGUCGCUGGUGCUCUGCACCCAGGCCGACCCCUGGCUGGUCUGUACUUUGCCAGCUGGUCGCACCAGGUAAUUCUGCUCUCAGUCAAUCUCGCAAACUGGCUCAAGAUAGGCCAAUACACCAAGGUUCCUCAUCGAAUCAUGUUCGCAACCCAAGUCUAUGGUACCCUCCUCGGCGCAGCCCUCAACUACGUCGUCAUGAUCACCAUCGUCACCAGCCAACGCGAGAUUCUCCUUGAUCCGAUCGGAAACAACGUGUGGAGUGGUUCGUUGGUUCAGAGUCUCAACAGUCAGGCCAUCACCUGGUCGCUUGCAAAAGAAAUCUACGGGACACAUGGUCGGUACCUCAUUGUCCCACUAGGUCUGAUUAUCGGCCUCGUCUUCCCAGCCAUCCACUGGGGACUGAGCAAAAUCUUCCCACGGAUCCGCAACUGGCCACUCAACACGACAAUCAUCCUCGCGCAUGCGGGCCAGGUUUACUACGGAACCACCGCAUGGGUGGGGAGUGCCAUUGUCGUCGGCAUAUUCAGCCAGUUCUGGCUUCGGCGAAGACUACCUCGGGUCUACAACGAAUACAACUACCUUAUCGGGGCAGCACUGGAUGGGGGCUCGCAGCUGGUUAUCUUUAUCCUGUCGUUUGCCGUGUUGGGGGCUAGUGGGACUGAAAGGCCGUUUCCGACCUGGUGGGGGAAUCCAGACGGGAACCCAGAUCACUGCUUGUAA